GUUUCUCCUAUCUUGCGUUUUCAUUUCUUUGAGUCACUAUGCUGUUCCUCCUUUGCGUGACAUUUGCUCGCUCUGAAAAGCAACAGCACGAAUCGGUCGGUAUAUAAAUAUGGCUUCUGUGAAGGAUUCCUUUCCUGAGACCUAUAUGAACUCCAUUAGGCCACACGGCACAAUACUCAUUUUUAAAAGUUGGAGCGACGAAUGACAACCCUAACCAAUGGGAGAAGGCGGCUUUUAGCCCGAAGGGCUUUUUGCACGGCCUGCUUGCUUUUACGAAUUCGCGGCUCGAGAGAGAGAGAGAGAGAGAGAGGGAGGAAUCAGGGACGCGCGAGCCUCCACCGGGAUCGAAGAGGCCUCUGGGAUCGUGCCGUGGUCCCCGCGCCCGAAACUUCUCCCCGGUGAGGCCUCGAGAGCCCAGAAGAGGUCCCCCUCGGCUUGGGAGCGCCGCCAUCUCUUGCGACUCCGGAGCAAAGGAGGGGCGGAGGGUUGCUACGUGAUUCUUUUGUCGAUGAAGCGCCGUUUCAGCGCCGCUAUCACAACUCCCCGUCCGUUCGGCACCCGUUACCAGCCUGAGGCGUCCGUCCGUCCGUCCCCCCCGCCCCAAACCCGCGCCCAGGGUUAGGGCGGGAAGGGCCUGGCGACGGGGGCCGCUUGCUGCACCGGGAGGCUCUCGCAGCAGCCCCUCCACACCUGCUGCUGUUAAGGCAAAGGACGGCUCGCCGCUUGCUCCUGCCUUGCCCUGUCUGGCCUGGCGGAGGCGCGCGGCUAUGGGAACCCGCGCACCGUGACAGACCCAGGCAGGCGCCGGACCCUCGACGGGAAUGUGCAAGCCGAGCCGGCCCACCAAUGGCUCUCGGGGACGAUGCGGCGGCGGUGGCGGUAGGUGCCGCCGCCGCCAAGUGUGAGCCUCCUGAAUGCCUGCAGGGAGUCCUUGCAGCGGGCAUCUCGAGGGCUUGGGCGGCCAGCGCUGGCUGUAGUCUACCGAUGCUCUCGCCGCUGCCGCCGCCACCCCCGCCAUGCCCUGAUCGGAGGAGUAUCGAGCCCGGCCCGGCCGCCAGAGGAUCCCUCUUUAAGGCUGUCAUGCUGCUUGGCGUGCUUUUAGUCCUUUGCCAGCGGGUCCAGGCGGAGCGAGGUGCUGAGCAACAACGGAUAAAUGUUGCUCCCUCUUCAGAACCUUUUACUAACUGGAGAGCUGUAUUAUCACCAACAUGGCCUUCUAAAGAACUUGAGUCUUCCUCAGUGGGUGAUAUUUCAAUGAGGCAAGCCUUGGAGAAUGCUAAUUUGCUUCAGAUAAUAAAAAGUACAUUAGCAGGAACUCGAACCAGAACUAUGGACCAAACUAGGCUUUUACCAACUCUCUAUCAAGGCAGUGGCAACAGUGCAUCGCAGGAACCUUCUGAGGUAUCAACUGAAUCACCAACGAAGCCUCAGGAAGCUGAUGAAAUGACUAUUGUAUCAGGUUUGCCUCAAAUUAGUGUGCCCCCUGCAUUGUCUACAUCAUCAUCAGUGACACAUCCAGCUACUACUUUGUCAUUUCAGAUAAUUCCAUGUACAACAUCUUCCAUUUCAAGUGAAAUCAAAUUAAGAUCAAACAUAUUUCCAAACUUUCCAUUAUCAUCCCCUUUGUCUUUGAUAAAGGAUACACCUAUCAUUGUUGUUUCCAAGUCGUCUGUGUCAUCUACCAAAAUGCCCUCGUCCAUAAAUGUGAAACAUUUACUCAGCACAAACACAGCUAAAUCUAACUCAAAUAAAAAAUCAGUGUUACCGUCUGUGUCUCCUGGUGUAUUAUCAUCUCUAGCAACUUCAGAAGCAACACCAGUUACAGGAAAAUCAGCUCCAACAUCACCAAUGCUGACUUCAUCCUUGUUCUCACUGAGCACUGACAAUUCACCAUCUGUGAUGGCAUUAAGCACGUUAAAGUCAACAUUAGCAAAAAAUAACACUGUCACAAAAAUGGCACCAACUUUAAGCCCAGUAGUAAUACAUGCAAAUUUUCCAGUUGUAUCAAGGGAUGGUUCUGUAAUACCUGAAUAUAUCACUAGUUCAUCCCCAAUUGAGAAAUUUAGUACAGCUUCAGUGCCCACAACACAUGCACCAAGACAAACUGAAACAUUACUUGACACCAAGAAAUCCACAAGCCCAGACAUCAGUAAAACAUCAACUGCAUACCCAUUAACAAUGACAGCAGCUUUGACAUCUAUUACAGCAUCAGCGAAAACAUCUAGACUUCUCCCUACAUCUGCUGAAAAUGCUUCUGUUGCUGCUACUGAAUCAGCUUUUGUUAAUGUGACAACAGUUCUCCCUCUGGAAUGCCAGCUGUCCAGAAACCUGCUUGUUAAGACAGUAUUGUUUCUGAAUACAAGAAGACUGCUGCUGAGUGGCUCCUUGAAACAAAAUGUCACUAAAGGUCUCACCCUGGCAUUGCGUCAAGCUUUCAAUCAAAAUGUCAAUGCACAAAUAGAAAUUCUGGAGCAAUCAAACAAUGUGACAAUUGGUUACUAUGUUACUCAGGACAGACUCGUUUUCAUACCUGCUGUGGUUAUUGAAAUGCUAAUUGCUUAUGGUGUUACUAAUGCCACUUUAGAUAUUAGGAAACAUGUGCCAAAUCUUCAUUCUGUUGCUGUCUUAGCCUUACCAUGGAACCCAUUGCCAGCUUAUCAUUUUCAGCUGAAAACAGAAUUACAGUUUGUGGAUGAAUCAGACAACAUACAGUCAUGCAGAUUUGUUCAGACAAUGGAACAAAGAUUGCAGAGGGCAUUUCAAGAUGCUGAGAGGAAGAUCUUGAAUACCACUAGCAAAUUAAAUGUUCAGAUCCUGAACACAUCAAAUGUGUCUCAGGCUGUCACUCUGUUUUAUGUGGUGAGAAAUGAAAGUACAGUCUUAAAUGGCACAGUUUCAAGCAACCUUCUUAAUCAGCUUUCAGCAGAAUUGGUGGGAUUCUAUCUUACUUUCCCACCAUUAACUAUUGCUGAAGCACUGGAAUAUCCAAAUCUCGAUACUUCAGAAACAACUAGAGAUUACUGGGUGAUUACAGUUUUACUGGGAGUUGACAUUACAUUGCUGGGGGUGAAUAACCAAAGUUUUGCAAGACUCAUGGAGCAACGUUUGGCACCACUGUUCAUGAUGUCUCAACAACAAGAAAGACGAUUUAAACGAGCCACUACUAUUGGCAGCUUUACUGUGCAGAUGGUAAAAAUGCAGCGAAUUCCAGGUCCCCGGGAGCCUGCUGAAUUGACUUACUAUACUUUAUACAAUGGGAAACCUUUGUUGGGCACAAUAGCUGCUAAACGUUUGACUACGGUUGAUUCACAAAGGAUGGCAUUGACCCUAGGAUAUGUUGUUCAAGUACAAGCUGAUCCUGUAGUUAAAAACCCACCCAACAAUUUAUGGAUCAUUGCAGCAGUGUUGGCUCCCAUAGCAGUUGUUACAGUCAUCAUCCUUAUCAUCACAGCUGUGCUAUGCAGGAAAAACAAAAAUGACUUCAAGACAGAUACCAUGAUGAACUUGCCACAAAGAGCCAAGCCAGUUCAAGGUUUUGACUACGCCAAGCAACAUUUAGGCCAACAAGGGACUGAAGAUGAUGUUUUGCCUGUCACCCAAGAGACCGUAGUUUUGCCUGUUCCUGUGAGAGAUGCUCCUGCAUCCCAGGAAAGAGAAAUUGUUCAGGAUGGGAGCACAGCAAAAACUGCCAAGUCCAAUGACACAAGAAAGAGCCGGUCGCUGAGUGAAAAUGGUUCCGUCAUCAGCAACGAAUCAGGAAAGCCCAAUUCAUGCCGAGGCUCUCCACAGAAAGUUACAGCACAGCAGAAAGUGACAAAAGAGGAAGGAAGAAAAAGAAAUGUGCCUUUAAGUGAUGAAGAGGAUGGAAGCAUGCUAUUUGACAAUAUGACUAAAUCUGCCAUUGAUCCCUUUGACACAUCUUCUGGAUCUGUACAGUUGAUUGCAAUAAAGCCUGUAGCUUUGCCUCCUGCACACCCAGGAACAGACAGGACCCAAGAUACAGCUAUUCUUAAUGGGGAGAUUAACAAAGCCUUGAAACAGAAGUCUGAUAUAGAACACUAUCGCAACAAAUUGCGAUUGAAAGCAAAGCGGAAAGGCUAUUAUGAUUUCCCACAAAUUGACAACAAGGGCUUGGCAGAUAGAAAAAAGAUGUAUGAAAAAACACAAAAUGAAAUAGACCAUAUUCUGGAUCCUGAUACAGAUGGAUCCUCUCCAUUUGUAGAGCCCAAAAACAGGCAACAAACAAAGACCUCAGUUUACCGAAGCAGACAAUCUUUGAACAGUCCUAGUCCAGGAGAAACUGAAAUGGAUCUUCUAGUUACGCGUGAAAGACAGAGACGUGGUAUCCGCAAUAGUGGAUAUGAUACUGAGCCUGAAAUGAUAGAAGAAACAAAUAUUGACCGUGUCAAUGAAUCUCGAAAUUAUACCAGAGCCCAUCAAGCAAAAGGCCAUUCAGAGACUUCAACUCUGAGUUCUCAGCCAUCUAUUGAUGAAGUUAGGCAACAGAUGCACAUGUUACUAGAGGAAGCCUUUAGUUUGGCUUCAGCAGGUCAUGGAGGACAGAACAGGCAACAAGACACUUACAAUUCUGCACAGAAUUUGCCAUAUUCUGAAGUUGUGACCAGUGCUCCUGGUACCAUGUCUCGGCCUAGAGGUGGAAUACAGUGGGUGCCAACAUAUAGACCAGAAGUGUAUCAGUACAGUUUACCACGACCUGCAUACAGGUUUUCUCCACUCCCUGAAAUGGUGAUGGGUUCUCCACCUCCUCCUGUGCCUCCCAGAACAGGACCUGUUGCUAUAACUUCUCUUAGGAGGUCAACUUCUGAUAUUGGCAGCAAGACAAGAGUAUCAGAGUCCAGUGGGACUGAACAGAUACAGCCACAUGAUCAUGUCCCUUUUGUCCCAGUAUCAAAAGCCCCAGUAACUGUGGCUCCAUUGGAUCAAUCAGCUUUGAAUUACUCAGGAAAUACAGUUCCAGCAGUGUUUGCCAUCCCAGCAGCAAACCAACCUGGGUUCACAGGUUAUUUCAUCCCAGCACCACCUGCAGCAUACAGAAAUCAGGCUUGGAUGUCUUAUGCUGGAGACCCUGAUAUCCCAGGACAAUGGGCUGACUCGGUUCCACACCCUGGCUACAUAGAAGCAUAUUCACAUCCACCCUAUCAGCACAACUGUCUUUCGAUGCUUCAUCCUCAGUAUGGUGAAUCAGCAGAUUUGUACCCAAGUCUGGAAGAAGCUCUGCACUCUGCUACAGCUGGAUCCCAUCAAAGCAUAAUAGAAAAUGAUGCUUCAGUCAACCCUGUCCCCAAUCUUUCUACAACUGCCUUGGUGAAAGCAAUAAGAGAAGAAGUAGCCAAGUUAGCCAAGAAGCAGACACAAAUGUUUGAAUUUCAGGUUUGAUGGCGUUCUGUUCUGUAGGUUUUCAUCACUGGGAAGUCUCUAGCUUUUAAAUUAGACUUGUCAAAAGAAUGCCCUGUUUUUCUAAUUCUGAUAGAGUCAAUAUUGGACUUUUUAAAGUGAUAGCAACUAUAACAUCAGUUUCAUGCCUGUUACAAUAAAUAUUCCCUGGCAUUCUUUGUGAAACAUUGAUAUAUUAUAAGCAAGUGUUCAUCACAUAUAUCUUGUUUGAUGACAUUUCUACCACUGUAAACAUCUGUUAAACCAAAUGCCUGCUUACUAUUCCAAUAUACAAAGUGCUGGGGAAGCACAAAUAUAGAUCACUCUGUAGCAACAUGUGCAUGUAAAAAGUAAGUUUUAUCUUUCUGGGUCAAGAGGAAACUAAUACUGUGAUAAUUAAAGGACAUGUAUUCUUUCAUUAGUGGUCAAGUAAGUUACAUUUUGGAACACAAUAUAAAGACUGAGUACAACAAAGCAAUAGAGCUCAGCUUUUGCCAGAAGCCACAUUUGGACCACAAGAAUUUGAUAUGUAUGAACUUCACAGAGUGCUUUAUUAAUGUCCUCAAAGGCUUGAUCAUUGUUUAUAAUUCAAAAACCAGGGGGAAAAGAGAGUUGGUAAGAGGUAUACUAGUAUAAUUAGUGUCUAAAGCACUGGUAUAAUGUUACUUUUGAGUUACACAGAAAGUUUUCAAUAGUGUCUCUAUUGACUCAAAAGGAAAAGAAACUUGACCAAAAAUAAAAAGCUUUUGGAAUCUUCCAAUGAAACCAAACUCUCUAUAUCCCCUAUAUUCAAAAAGGAUUUCACAUUGAACAAAGUGAAAAUAGUGAAUUUGAGAACCUUGAGUCUCAAGUUCUCAAAUGACAACUCAGUUGGGAAUAAUGAAUGUACUUUAAAAAAAAAAAAUCUCUGCUUAAGACAGAGCUCUAUUCUUUUUUUCUUGAGUAAAUAAUGACACGGCUAUGCAAAACACGUCAAGAAAACCCAUGGCCAGAGUUUUGCCCAUGUAAACACUGGGCAGGAAAUGAGCAUGACUCAAGGGAAUGUUACCUUCAUAGCCUGGCAUCAAUAUUAAGGUUGUGAAUAAGCAAACAAGUUGGUUGGUUGAAUAAAAUAAUAUGCUGUAAAUACGUUGCUGAAGUAUUUCAACAAAUUGUUCUGUUGAAACUGUUGAUAUCGAAAAUGAUUUUGCCAAAUCUAGAAUUAUAUAUUUUGAAAGAUAAAUGUAAUUCUCUGUUUUAUUGCAGUGCGAUGAAAAUAACAUGUGGAAUGAAAGUUGAAUGCAAAUAUGCUGAUUCAUUUAGGAUAGCUUCAAAAAUGGUAGACUAUUAACAGAAAAACAUUCAUUUAUAAUGCAAUCUUCAGAAGAACUGAGAUUGUUUAUGGGAUAACAAGUUGGAUGAACGGAUUUUUUGCUGGAAUAAAAAAAAUACCCUUUAGCCAA